GGCGAAUACGUCCUCCUAUCCUCAUUCAAAGCUCUUGAUCGGCGCAGAAAAAUGUGCCCUUAUUUCUGGGCCGCAUAUCCAGAUUCUUGAUACUCAGUCAGGACAGCUCCUUUUUUCUACUGCCUCGUUCGAGGACUCGGCAAAAGAAGCUAUCGUGAAAUCUGGUCCAAUUCGUUGCGCAGCGGUUGACGAGGCCUUCGUGCACCUCGCCACGACAGGAGAUGACAAGAAACUGAAGGUGUGGGCGGUGGAUGGGCUCAGACUGCUCAGCGAAAGAGAGCUUCCCAAAAAGCCCACGCAGGUGUCCUUCAUUCGUAAAGGCCGGUUCAUACUUGUUUCCGAUAAGUUUGGCGAUGUAUUCAGAUAUCCUCUCACACCUGUACCAAAACAACAACCAGCAACUGAAUCAGAUGUCAAGCGCGACCCCCUCGCCUCUCAUGAAAAUCCGUCCGACGGCCACCUAAUCUUAGGACACACUUCCCUGCUCACUUCCUUCUGUCUACCAUCGGACGAAAAGUACAUUAUCACAGCUGAUCGUGACGAGCAUAUACGGGUGAGCUGGUACCCGCAAGGCUAUUGCAUCGAGAACUAUUGCUUGGGUCACGAAAAAUACGUCUCUGCCAUUCAUAUUCCCGCCUUCUUACCCUCGUCACUCGUCUCUGGUGGAGGCGAUCCUGCGCUUAAAAUCUGGGACUGGCAGCAUGGCACCGUCGUCUGUGAGAUCCCCGUUCUCGAGGCUAUAAAGCCGUUCAUCAGAGUACGAGCGAAAAAAAGGAAAUGGGGGGAUGACGAUGACGAGGAAGGAGGCGGAGGUGAGAAAUCGAAGAAGUCUCACGGGAGGAAGGGCCGAGGGAAGAACAAGCAGAAUCAGAAAGCCGAAACAGAGUCACAAAAUGCGGAUGAGAUGGAAGUUGACGUAGCAAAGGAUGGAGGGAAUGAUGUGGCGGAAUCAGUCGUAGUAGAGGAAGAGCAAGAAACGGAGGGAGCAAGCGCUUCGGCUAUCGCUGAGAAUCCUACUGAGAAUCCGGAACCAGUCUUCGUCCUUCAUAAAAUCGCAACCCUCGAUCUCGAGAACGACAAGCUGAUUGUCUUCAGUGCAGUUGGGUUCGUCUUUUCUUAUAAAAAUUUCCUGCUGUUUCCGCUCAUGUCUUAA